AUGCAAACAAAUCCUCCCAACAAUCCACCAGAAAGAAUUAAUGUAAGACAAUUAUCACUGGACCAUUAUUCCUAUUCAGAGCGAAAUAUUUAUAAUGCACAUUCCGCUACGUGUUACAUGUAUUCACAAUCAAAAUACCGUGUUCACAAUGAGAGAUUCCAGGAAAUACCUACUACGAAAGUACCUAUAUCCCUUCAAAAACAUUCGGAUAUUCGUCCUACAAGAUCUGUUUUCAUUCGAAUUCUCUGUGAGGAAGAAACUCGGCCACCAGUUUUAAGCUCGGUGAAAAUGUUGUUUUGA